ACGAAGUUUGAGUAAGUCCGUGCAUAGUGUAUUAAAAGAUUGAAUAAAGUCACAGGAAAACUAUUUCAAAAUCCUGUUUAAUUCCUUUUUACCUCUUCGGUGCUUCAUAUGCCUGCCCUUUAACGCCUCGAGGCACCAAACGCUGUCUGUAGUCGUCUUCAGGGCAGUGGGGUUUAAAGUCCCGAACCGUUAAUGCUUCGUACCUCCGUGCUAAGCUUCCGGAGUAUGAAACAGCUAACAUUUGGGGUUACCCUUGUUCGACAUGGGGAGACACAGUACAAUAAGGAAGGCCUGUUACAAGGCCAGGCCAUCGACUGUCCCCUGUCUGAUAUCGGGCUGCAGCAGGCCGAAGCUGCAGGCCGCUACCUGAAGGAUGUCAAGUUCAGCAAUGUGUUUGUUAGUGACAUGCUGCGGGCCCGGCAGACUGCUGAAACAAUAAUGAAACACAACAGUCGUCGUUCUGGUCUCCAGAUGGUGUGUGAGCCUUUACUCAAAGAGAAGAGCUUUGGGAUUGCAGAGGGAGGACGGGUCCAGGACUUAAAAGACAUGGCCAAAGCUGCUGGUCAGUCCCUUCAGACCUUCACUCCACCUGAAGGGGAGACGGUGGAGCAGGUGAAGGAGCGGGUCAAAGAGUUUUGGGAGAAAAUGCUCUGCCGAAUUGGGGACGAACACUGGGAUGACAGAGGGGAUGAAGAAGCCGCUUUAUCUGCUCAACAACAGACCUCUCCUGUUGAUGGAGAAGCAGACGAUGGGGUCAGGGGUGUCCCCGUCCAUGCUUUGGUUGUCACACAUGGUGCCUACAUGUGCGUAGCUGCGCGCUACUUUGUGGAAGAGUUAAACUGCUCCUUGCCUCAGGGUUCAGACAAAGCACACAUGUUCUCUUUGAGUCCAAACACGGGUCUAUGCCGGUUUUUACUAACCAUUAGGAAAGAGGACGACAAGUUUAGAUUGACAGAAAUGUGUUGCGUGUUUGCGAACAGAGGAGAUCAUGUUAAACAGUAAAACGGGAUUGGAAGAAAUGGACACAAGAUAAGAAAGGGGCAUUUAAAGAGGGAAUAUGAGAAUCUCAAAAGAUUUUAGCUUUUUAAGUAUUUAUUUUUAUUUUACUGGGACAGUGCAGAUUAAUCAGUGUUUCUGUAGAAACACCGGAGUUAGCCAAAAGGCUGUUUCCAUCUGCAGUCCCUUGCCAGAUAUUGGAAUAGGCUUCCCAAGAGGAACAAAACAUAACAAGAAAGGAAGUGGAAAGAAAAACAAACACAAUCUAAAAUAACCGCACAUUAAUCAGUAUGGCUUUUAUCUCUAAUUUGGGUCAAGGUUACUCAAAUGAUAAUUGGAUCAAAUUAAACAUGUCAAACAACAGAAUUAUGAGGCCAAGUAGAGAGUUAGGAAUCUGUUUAGUGGCAGUGAGGUCAUCAAAAUUCUCCAUACUUUGGUUCUUUCAAUCAAAACAAUAAGAAAAGAUGGCAAUGGCUGUAGCGAAUGAGUCUUGCUUGUUGAAUUGACUGGUGAUAGUCCAAGCAGGUGUUCUGGUGUUGUGGCUUUUGAGGACCCCUGUUUGCCUUCCAAAUAAGGUUAAACAUGCAAACAUGCCAGUCACUCCCCAAUUAUAACUGGGAAUUUAUUAGCACCUGCAGCGACAAUAGUGUUUGUUUGGUCACAAAGUUUAGAGCAAUAAAUAUCUGUAAAGAAAAUAUUGAUGCAGGUGCGUGUUGAAACGACGUGCAAAGCAGUGACACACUGUUGGGAAACUUCUGUUAAGUAGAAUAUUUUUUUUCAUUAUCGUUUUCAUUAUGAAUCUGAUGGUUUUGGGCUGGUUCGUUAUUACAUGCAGUCUAAAACGGCAGUGUAGGAGAUGUGUUAAAGCACAGAAAGAUACAAUGUGUGCUUGCUUAUGUUUUAUGAAGAUAAUAAAAACCAAACAGUCUUGAUAAAAAAUCAAGCAGUCUUUUUUGUGUGGAUUGAAUGUUAAUUCUUGUUCAAUGUACUUGUCAUCACUUUAUGUGGUUUUUAUUAGUUUGGAUGGCAUUAAAAUAUAUAUGAAAAGAGGAUAGUUAUUCCUAAAAUUCAUUUAGAUAAUUCACUACAAAAAACAACAUAUUGUAACUUUAAUAACUAUCAAUAGAGGGACAUCUGCAAACAAGUCCAUGCAGACAACUGGAGCUGUGCAACUGUAUCAAAAUCCAAUCACCUGACAAACGUCCCCCCAGUUUGGCAGACUGUGUAAGCUGCAAGAUUUCUGGUUUGUCCAUCUGCUCUGCUAUUGCCAGCUUGGCCUUAAAUCAGCACUGCACUCUUGCUUUCCAGCCAACACUACCCCAGGAUCUACCUGUAUACUCUGACAGGGUUUAAGAUACUAUUGCAUCACUCCUCAAAUUCUGUCAUAUAAAUCUGUAAAUAGUGAAGAGGAUGCCAAACACACAUUUUACUGCUGCAAUGAAUGUUUUUGAAUAGUUGCAAAUGUUAGUUUUUGGACUGAAAUGAUUGAUCGGAUUGAAAGUAUCAACAAGUUUGAUAACCAGGCUGCCACAAGAGAAAGAGAACACUGUCUAAAUUUGACAGCAAGAUGUUGCCACUAUAUCUGUGCAAUUUAGGCAUUGUGCAGGAGAUCAGCUGUAUUUUUGGAAACUAAAACAAUUAAAUACUUAAUGCACGUUGCCCAGGACUUCUUUUUUUCUGCCAUAAUAUCAAAUCAUGCAUCAAUGUUUAAAAAAUGAAAAUGGCACCUCUACUGUGUAGUAAAGUUACAGUAUUAUUAGUUGACAUCAGAACUUCAGUGAUAUUUUAAAAAAGGCAUAAUUAAUUAUCAUAUUCCAUUCAACCUCUGUUUGUUUUUUAAAUGCAGGCAUUUAUAUGCUGAGUCAUGAGUUGAGCCCCUUCAUUUAAUCUCAGAUCAAUGGUUUGUGCUGCAGGGCAAUGUCAUCACCACUUUUGUUACUGCCUGGCUGUUCAUUAAUGCAAAUGUGUUCUCUAAUGAGUCUGUGUUUCUAUAUUUAUUCUCUCGGAGUUCUAUCUUGGUCAGAAACUUAAGCAACACUGUUUGCUCUGUGGAAAUCAGUGACUGGUCAUUGUUGUGAAUUAACACUCUGGUCAGUGAGGACAAAUACCGGACAGGAAACUGUGCAGUGAUGUUACGUGUUGAGGAGGCACGUGUGCAGUCAUUUGUUCACAAAUAUCAAUCACUCUUUUUAUAAAUGCAUUCAAGAAAAUGUAUGGU